GAGCCGCCUCCGCGCGCGGGGGCCCGGCCACUUGGAGCAGCUCUGCCGCGGGGACUGCACUGUCCGCCCUGCCAGACCCGCCCCGACUGGGGCUCGCUGUCGCCAGCAGUCAGCACUGCGACCUCGGGCCCUUCGCCGGCUAUGGCUGCGUCCUGGGGCUGAGCCCGCAGGUUGUGUGGCCAAGAUUCGCAAAGAGAGAGAGACUGAUACAGAAAGAAAAGAAGGAGGGGCGGGCUCCUGGCAAGGCGUUUGCUCCUGAGCUGAGUCCUGCAAAGAUGGAGAAGGAGGAAGAGACAACCCGGGAGCUGCUGCUGCCCAACUGGCAGGGCAGUGGUUCCCACGGGCUGACCAUUGCCCAGAGGGAUGAUGGAGUCUUUGUUCAGGAGGUGAUGCAGAACUCCCCUGCGGCCCGCACUGGGGUGGUCAAGGAGGGGGACCAGAUUGUGGGUGCCACCAUCUACUUUGACAACCUGCAGUCUGGUGAGGUGACCCAGUUGCUGAAUACCAUGGGGCAUCACACUGUUGGCUUGAAGUUGCACCGUAAAGGGGACCGUUCCCCUGAGCCUGGACAGACCUGGACCCAUGAAGUCUUCAGUUCCCGUAGCUCUGAAGUGGUUCUGAGCGGGGAUGAUGAGGACUACCAGCGCAUCUACACCACGAAGAUCAAGCCACGCCUGAGGUCGGAGGAUGGAGUAGAAGGGGACCUUGGGGAGACCCAGAGCCGCACCAUCACAGUGACUAGAAGGGUUACAGCCUACACUGUGGAUGUGACCGGUCGGGAAGGAGUGAAGGACAUUGACAUCAGCAGCCCUGAGUUCAUGAUCAAGAUACCAAGGCAUGAAGUGACUGAAAUCUCCAACACAGAUGUGGAAACCCAGCCAGGGAAAACGGUGAUCCGACUGCCAUCGGGAUCCGGGCCAGCCUCUCCAACCACAGGCUCUGCUGUGGAUAUCCGGGCAGGUGCCAUUUCUGCUUCAGGACCAGAGCUUGAAGGUGCCGGCCACUCAAAAUUCCAGGUCACUGUGCCUGGGGCAAAGGUGGGAAGCCUAGAUGUCAAUGUCAAAGCAAAAGGCUUGGACUUGGGUGGCAAAGGAGGGAUCCAAGUUCCAGGAGUGGACGUUUCGUCUUCUCUUGGGGCUGGCUCAGUAGAGGUACAGGGCCCAUCCCUCCAGAGUGGUGAUAUUGGGAAAAUUAAAAUUCCUACCAUGAAGGUGCCAAAAUUUGGUGUCUCCGCAGGCCUGGGUGGCCAGAUUCCAGAGGUAGGGCUGAAUGUUUCUGCACCUGAAUUCUCUGUGGGACACAAGGGUGACAAGCCAGGCUUGGCUAUUGGGGGAAACAUCCAGGCUCCUCACCUGGAAGUAACUCCCUCCUCUGUCAAUAUUGAGGGGCUUGAGGGGAAACUGAAGGGUCCCCAGAUCACUGGGCCAUCACUUGAAGGUGACUUAGGCCUGAAAGGUACCAAGCUUCAAGGGAACAUAGGAAUGGAUGCCUGUGCUUCCAAAAUUGAGGGCAGCAUCACUGGUCCUAGUGUGGAAAUCGGAACCCCUGAUGUUGAUGUUCAUGGGCUAGGGGGCAAACUGAAUAUGCCCAAGAUGAAAGUCCCUAAGUUCUCUGCAUCAGGUUCAAAGGGAGAGGGGAUUGGUCUUGAUGUGGCACUGCCCACAGGUGAAGUGACCCUUCCUGGGGUCUCUGGGGAUGUCAAUCUGCCUGAGAUUGCUACUGGUGAGCUCGAAGGGAAGAUGAAGGGUGCUAAAGUCAAGACUCCUGAAAUGAUCGUCCAGAAACCUAAAAUCUCCAUGCAGGAUGUGGAUCUGAGCCUGGGGUCCUGUAAACUGAAAGGAAAUGUGAAGACAUCUGCUCCUGAGGUGAAAGGUGAUGUUAAAGGCCCUCAGAUGGCAGUUAAAGGCUCCAGAGUGGACAUAGAGACACCAAACUUAGAGGGGACCUUGACAGGUCCCAAGAUCAGCAGCCCUUCUGGAAAAAUAGGGUCCUGUAGGAUUUCUAUGGCAGAUGUAGACUUAAAUGUAGCUGCACCUAAAGGGAAAGGGGGUGUAGAUGUCAUUCUCCCCAAUGUAGAAGGAAAAGCCAAAGGUCCUGAAGUUGAUGUCAAAGGCCCCAAAAUGGACAUCAGUGCUCCAGAUGUGGAAGUCCAUGGUCCAGAAUGGAACUUGAAGAUGCCCAAGUUCAGUGUCCCAGGAGUCAAAGGAGAAGGCCCAGAUGUAAAUGUUACUCUGCCCAAAGGAGAUAUUAGUAUUUCAGGGCCUAAGGUCAAUGUAGACGCUCCAAACGUCAACAUGGAAGGUCUGGGUGGCAAACUUAAAGGCUCUGACAUUAAUCUUCCUGAAGUAAGUGUCAAGUCUCCAAAGAUUUCUAUGCCUGAUGUGGAUCUGCAUAUCAAAGGGCCAAAGGUGAAGGGAGAGUAUGAAGUAACACCACCAAAGCUUGAGGGGGAACUGAAAGGCUCCAAAGUGGACAUUGACACCCCACAAGUGGAUGUUCAUGGCCCAGACCUGAAGAUUCCCAAGAUGAAAAUGCCCAAAUUCAGUGUGCCAGGGUUCAAAGCAGAGGGCCCAGAAGUGAAUGUGAACCUGCCCAAGGCUGACCUUGACAUUUCUGGGACUAAGGUGGAAGUCAGUGCUCCAGAUGUAAGCAUUGAAGGAUCAGAAGGGAAGUUGAAAGGGCAUAAGUUUAAAAUGCCUGAAAUGAAUAUCAGAGCUCCAAAGAUCUCCAUGCCAGAUGUGGACUUACACUUAAAAGGCCCCAAUGUAAAGGGAGAAUAUGAUGUCACAGUGCCAAGGGCAGAAGGUGAGAUUAAAGUUCCUGAUGUUGAACUUAAAAGUGCUAAACUGGACAUUGAUGUUCCAAAUGUGGAUGUUCAAGGUCCUGAAAUGCAUAUGAAGAUGCCCAAGAUAAAAAUGCCCAAGUUUGGCAUGCCAGGCUUCAAGGCAGAGAGCCCAGAAAUGGAGGUGAAUCUCCCGAAGUCUGACAUUGAUGUCUCAGGACCCAAGGUGGAUGUCAAAGUUCCAGAUGUGAACAUUGAAGGACCUGAAGGAAAGCUGAAGGGUCCUAAGCUGAAGAUGCCUGAGAUGAACAUCAAGGCCCCAAAGAUAUCCAUGCCUGAUGUGGAUUUGCAUAUGAAAGGUCCCAAAGUAAAAGGAGAAUAUGAUGUCACAAUGCCAAAGCUGGAAGGAGACUUGAAAGGCCCCAAAGUAGAUGUCAGUGUUCCAGAUGUUGAUGUUCAUGGUCCCGAUUGGAACUUGAAAAUGCCAAAGAUUAAAAUGCCCAAAUUCAGCAUGCCUAGUCUCAAAGGAGAAGGCCCAGAGUUGGAUGUGAACAUGCCCAAAGCUGAUGUGGACAUUUCUGUACCAAAGCUAGAUAUUAGUGCUCCAGAUCUGAACCUUGAGGGACCAGAAGGGAAGUUGAAAGGCCCCAAAUUUAAGAUGCCUGAGAUGCACUUCAAAGCUCCAAAGAUGUCUUUACCAGAUGUGGACCUGGAUCUCAAAGGACCCAAAAUGAAAGGAAAUCUAGACAUGUCUGCACCAAAAAUAGAGGGAGAGAUGAAAGCUCCAGAUGUGGACAUUAAAGGUCCAAAUGUAGAUAUUAAAGCACCAGAAGUGGAUGUGCAAGGCCCAGAAUGGAGCCUGAAGAUGCCAAAGAUGAAAAUGCCCAAGUUCAGUAUGCCUACUCUCAAAGGUGAGGGUCCAGAUGUGGAUGUGAGCCUGCCUAAGGCUACUAUUGAUGUCUCAGGACCUAAACUUGACAUUGAAACCUCAGAUGUGAGCCUUGAGAGCCCAGAAGGAAAGCUGAAGGGCCCCAAGUUUAAGAUGCCUGACAUGCACUUCAAGGCCCCCAAGAUCUCCAUGCCUGAUGUGGACUUAAACAUGAAAGGCCCCAAAGUGAAGGGGGACAUGGAUGUGACAGUGCCCAAGAUAGAAGGUGAAAUGAAAGUGCCAGAUGUGGAUAUCAAAGGCCCUAAAGUGGACAUCAGUGCCCCAGAUGUGGAUGUACAGGGCCCAGACUGGCACCUGAAGAUGCCCAAGAUGAAAAUGCCUAAGUUCAGCAUGCCUGGCUUCAAAGCAGAGGGCCCUGAAGUGGAUGUAAAUCUGCCCAAGGCUGACAUUGAUGUCUCAGGACCUAAUGUGAACAUUGAUGCUCCUGAUGUGAAUAUUGAAGGGCCAGAUGCAAAGCUGAAGGGUCCUAAGUUCAAGAUGCCUGAGAUGAACAUCAAGGCUCCCAAGAUCUCCAUGCCAGAUUUACAUCUUAAGGGUCCCAAAGUGAAGGGUGAUGUAGNUGUUUCCCUGCCUAAAGUGGAAGGUGACCUCAAAGGCCCAGAGGUUGACAUCAAAGGUCCCAAAGUGGAUAUCAAUGCUCCAGAUGUGGACGUUCAGGGCCCAGACUGGCACCUGAAGAUGCCCAAGAUGAAAAUGCCUAAGUUCAGCAUGCCUGGCUUCAAAGCAGAGGGCCCAGAAGUGGAUGUAAACCUGCCCAAGGCUGACAUUGAUGUCUCAGGGCCCAAAGUUGAUAUUGAGGCCCCAGAUGUGAGCAUCGAGGGACCAGAAGGGAAGCUGAAGGGCCCUAAGUUUAAGAUGCCUGACAUGCACUUCAAGGCCCCCAAGAUCUCCAUGCCUGAUGUGGACUUGAAUAUUAAAGGGCCCAAAGGAAAAGCAGAUGUGGAUGCAUCAUUGCCUGAGGUAGAAGGUGGAGUAAAAGUGCCAGAUGUGGACAUUAAAGGGCCCAAAGUUGGCAUCGAUGCUCCAGAUGUUGAGGUUCAUGGCCCAGACUGGCACCUGAAGAUGCCCAAGAUGAAAAUGCCCAAGUUCAGCAUGCCUGGCUUCAAAGGAGAAGGCCCUGAAGUAGACAUCCCCAAGGCCAACCUUGAUGUUUCAGGACCCAAGGUAGACAUCGAUGUUCCAGAUGUAAAUAUUGAAGGUCCAGAUACAAAACUAAAAGGUCCAAAAUUUAAGAUGCCAGAAAUGAACAUAAAGCCUCAGAAGAUAUCCAUGCCAGAUGUUAGCUUAAAUUUGAAAGGCCCUAAGGUAAAAGCAGAUUGUGAUGUCUCAGUUCCAAAAGUGGGAGGAGAAAUAAAAGCUCCUGCUGUUGACAUCAAAGGUCCUAAAGUAGAGGCACCAGAUGUGGAAGUUCAUGGCCCAGACUGGCAAUUGAAGAUGCCCAAGGUCAAAAUGCCUAAGUUCAGCAUGCCUGGCUUCAAAGGAGAGGGUGCAGAAGUAGAUGUGAAUCUUCAAAAGGCCAAUAUUGAUGUCUCAGGACCCAAAAUGGACAUUGAUGUUCCAGAUGUGAAUAUUGAAGGGCCAGAAGGGAAACUAAAGGGUCCCAAGUUCAAGAUGCCAAGCAUGAAUAUACAGACACACAAAAUCUCUAUGCCUGAUGUUGGGCUUAAUUUGAAAGGACCUAAACUGAAAAGUGGUGUAGAUGUUUCUCUUCCAAAAGUAGAGGGAGAAUUGAAGGGUCCUGAAGUUGAUGUGGAUGUUGGUGAUAUUGAUAUUGAAUGUCCAGAAGGGAAGCUGAAGGGUCCCAAGUUUAAGAUGCCUGACAUGCACUUCAAGGCUCCUAAGAUCUCCAUGCCUGAUGUAGAUUUACAUCUGAAAGGCCCCAAAGUGAAGGGUGAUGUGGAUGUGUCUCUGCCCAAAGUGGAAGGUGAGAUUAAAGUUCCUGAAGUUGACAUCAAAGGCCCCAAAGUGGACAUUGAUGUUCCAGAUGUGGAUGUUCAUGGCCCAGACUGGCACCUGAAGAUGCCCAAGGUGAAAAUGCCCAAGUUCAGCAUGCCUGGCUUCAAAGGAGAGGGCCCUGAAGUGGAUGUGAACCUGCCCAAGGCUGACAUUGAUGUCUCAGGACCAAAGGUGGACAUUGAUGUUCCUGACUUAGAUAUUGAGGGUCCAGAAGGAAAACUGAAAGGCUCUAAAUUUAAGAUGCCUAAGUUGAAUAUCAAGGCCGCCAAGAUCUCUAUGCCUGAUGUGGACUUGAAUUUUAAGGGGCCCAAACUGAAAGGAGAGAUAGAUGCUUCUAUGCCAGAAAUGGAAGCUGAUCUCAGAGGCCCCCAAGUUGACAUCAGAGGACCCAAUGUGGAUGUGAAAGUACCUGAUGUUGAUCUGGAAUGUCCUGAUGCAAAGUUGAAAGGCCCCAAGUUCAAGAUGCCUGACAUGCACUUCAAGGCUCCUAAGAUCUCCAUGCCUGAUGUGGACUUGCAUCUGAAAGGCCCCAAAAUCAAGGGAGACAUGGAUGUGACAGUGCCUAAGAUAGAAGGUGAGAUGAAAGUGCCAGAUGUGGACAUCAAAGGCCCCAAAGUGGACAUCAAUGCCCCAGAUGUGGAUGUGCGUGGCCCAGACUGGCACCUGAAGAUGCCCAAGAUGAAAAUGCCCAAGUUCAGCAUGCCUGGCUUCAAAGCAGAGGGCCCAGAAGUGGACGUGAACUUGCCCAAGGCUGACCUUGAUGUCUCAGGACCCAAGGUGGACAUUGAUGUUCCAGAUGUGAACAUUGAAGGGCCAGAAGGGAAGCUGAAGGGCCCCAAAUUUAAGAUGCCUGACAUGCACUUCAAGACCCCCAAGAUCUCCAUGCCUGAUGUUGAUUUCAACUUAAAGGGUCCUAAAAUCAAAGGAGAUAUUGAUGUUUCAGUCCCAAAGAUUGAAGGAGAAUUAAAGGGUACAGAACUGGAUCUCAAGGGCCCCAAAUUGGAUGCCAACAUACCAGAAGUUGCUGUUGAAGGACCAGAAGGUAAAUGGAAAAGCCCCAAGUUCAAGAUGCCAGACAUGCACUUCAAAACUCCCAAAAUCUCCAUGCCAGACAUUGAUCUUCACUUAAAGAGUCCAAAGAUAAAGGGGGAGGUGGAUGUAGAUGUUCCCAAAUUGGAAGGAGACCUCAAAGGGCCAAAUGUGGACAUGAGCGGGCCAGACAUUGAGAUUGAAGGACCAGAGGGCAAAUUGAAAGGACCAAAGUUCAAAAUGCCUGAGAUGAACAUCAAGGCUCCCAAGAUCUCCAUGCCUGACUUUGAUUUGCAUCUUAAGGGUCCUAAAGUGAAGGGUGAUGUAGAUAUUUCUCUGCCCAAAGUAGAGGGUGACAUCAAAGGCCCAGAGGUUGACAUCAAAGGUCCCAAAAUGGAUAUCAGUGCUCCAGAUAUGGAUGUGCAGGGCCCAGACUGGCACCUGAAGAUGCCCAAGAUGAAAAUGCCCAAGUUCAGCAUGCCUGGCUUCAAAGCAGAGGGCCCAGAAGUNGAUGUGAGCCUGCCCAAGGCUGACCUUGAUGUCUCAGGACCCAAGGUGGACAUUGAUGUUCCUGAUGUGAAUGUUGAGGGUCCAGAUAUGAAAGUAAAAGGCCCCAAAUUCAGGAUGCCUGAGAUUAACAUCAAGGCUCCCAAGAUCUCUAUGCCUGAUGUUGAUCUGGAGUUAAAAGGACCCAAAGUAAAAGGAGCCUUUGAUGGGACUGUCCCUAAGAUUGAAGGUACUCUUAAAGGACCGGAGUUAGACCUGAAAGGUCCAGGUCUGGAUUUUGAAGGCCCUGAUGCUAAACUUAGUGGGCCUAACUUGAAGAUGCCAUCGCUGGAGGUAUCUGUUCCUAAAAUAACUGGGCCCGAUGCUAAUGUGCACCUUAAGACACCAAAAGUUGGAAUUUCUGUGCCUAAGUUAGGAGGUGGUGAGGUAGACCUCAAGGGGCCUAAAGUUGAUUUAGAAACUCCAAGCUUAGAUGUCCACAUGGAAAGCCCAGAUAUUAAUAUCGAGGGACCGGAUGUUAAAGUUCCGAAGUUUAAGAAACCCAAGUUUGGAUUUGGUGCAAAAAGCCCAAAAACUGACAUCAAGACCCCCACAGUUGAUAUGACAGUCCCUGAAGCAGAGCUGAAUGUUGAUUCUCCUGAAAUAAACAUUGGUGGCAAGAGCAAGAAAAGCAAGUUUAAAAUGCCUAAAAUUCACAUGAGUGGUCCUAAAGUUAAAGCCAAAAAACAGGGAUUUGAUUUGAAUAUUCCUGGAGGUGAGAUUGAUACCAGUCUCAAAGCUCCUGAUGUAGAUGUUAGUGUUACAGGGCCUGAUGCUGCACUCAAAGCUGAAGUAAAAUCUCCCAAAGUCAAGAAAACUAUGUUUGGAAAAAUGUACUUUCCAGAUGUAGAAUUUGACAUUAAGUCACCUAAAUUUAAAGCAGAGGCUCCCCUACCUAGCCCCAAGCUGGAGGGUGAAAUCAAGGUACCCGAUGUGGAUAUUUCUUCACCAGGGAUUAAUGUGGAAGCUCCUGAUAUUCAUAUGAAGGCUCCCAAGUUCAAGGUGCCAGGCGUGGAAGCCUCAGGGCCAAAGAUAGAGGGCAACUUGAAAGGUCCCAAGGUGCAGGCAAACUUGGACACACCUGACAUCAACAUCGAAGGCCCUGAAGCUAAAAUCAAAGCACCCUCUUUUAGUGUUUCUGCUCCUCAAGUCUCCAUACCUGAUGUGAAUGUUAAUUUGAAAGGACCAAAGAUAAAGGGUGAUGUUCCCAGUGUGGGGCUGGAAGGACCUGAUAUAGAUCUACAAGGUCCAGAAGGGAAAAUCAAGUUCCCUAAGUUUUCCUUGCCCAAGAUCAGUGCGCCAGGUGUGAAAAUGGAAGGUGGGAGCACUGAGAUCGGCGCUCAGAUGCCCUCUCUUGAAGGAGGGUUGAGCACAUCAGAUAUGAAGCUUGAAGGGCCUCAUCUGUCUCUAAAAGGCCCAGGAGUAGACUUGCCUUCGGUGGACCUCUCUAUGCCAAAAGUGUCUGGGCCUGAUCUUGACCUGAACUUGAAAGGACCAAGUUUGAAGGGAGACCUGGGUGCCUCCAGUCCCAGCAUGAAACUGCACGCCCCAGGUCUUGACCUCAAAGGCGUUGGUGGAAAAGUACAUAUAGGAGCAGAUGGUGUGAAAAUGUCAGGGAUUGAUGCCACAACAGCACUCAGUGUUGGGGCACCAGAUGUCACACUGAAGGGACCAAGUCUACAGGGAGAUCUGGCAGUGUCUGGAGACAUCAAAUGUCCUAAAAUAUCUGUGGCUACUCCUGAUGUUAGCUUGGAGGCUUCAGAAGGUGGUGUCAAACUUCCCCACAUGAAACUGCCUCAGUUUGGCAUCUCCGCUCCGGGAUCCGACUUGGACAUUAACAUCAAGGGGCCACAAGUUUGUGGAGAACUAAAGGGAUCAGGGAUGGAUGUGAAUCUGAAAGGGCCUCAGAUCUCAGCACCAAGCAUGGACUUUAACUCGGAAGGACCAAAAGUGAAGGGGAGCCUCGGGGCUGCGGGUGAAUUGAAAGGCCCAGCGAUUGGGGCAGCUCUUCCAGGCAUCAGCAUUCAAGGCCCAGAAGGAAACCUCCAAAUGCCUGGAAUUAAGGCUUCUGGGUGUGAUGUGAAACUCUCAUCAGGGCAGAUUUCUGGUCCCGAAAUUAAAGGAGAUCUGAAAGGUUCAGGAAUAGGUCUCCAUGGGGCUGUUCCUGAUGUCGGCAUCAAGGGGCCUUCCUUUAAUGUGGCGUCUCCGGAGUCAGAUUUUGGUGUCAGCUUGAAGGGCCCCAAAGUCAAAGGAGGUGUAGAUGUUUCAGGGGGCAUCGGUGUCCCAGAUAUCAGCCUGGGUGAAGGGCAUAUGAGUGUCAAAGGCUCUGGAGUUGAGUGGAAGGGACCCCAAGUCUCCUCUUCUCUAAACUUGGAUACAUCUAAACUUGCUGGGAACCUUCAUUUCUCAGGACCAAAGAUAGAAGGAGACGUGAAAGGGGGCCAGAUCGGACUCCAGGGUCCCGGGCUGAGUGUGUCUGGGCCUCAAUGUCACUUGGAAGGUGAAUCUGGAAAAGUAACAUUCCCCAAGAUGAAGAUCCCUAAGUUUACCUUCUCUGGCCGCGAGCUCACUGGUAGAGAAGUAGGAGUGGAUGUCAAUUUCCCUAAAGUGGAGGCCAAUGUGCAGGCUGGUGCUGGAGAAAGCAAGUGGGAAGAGUCUGAAGUAAAACUGAAAAAAUCCAAAAUCAAAAUGCCCAAGCAUAUCUUUUCUAAAUCUAAAGGAAAGGGUGGUGUCACUGGCUCACCUGAAGCAUCCGUUUCUGGGUCCAAAGGGGACCUGAAGAGCUCAAAGGCCAGCUUGGGCUCCCUGGAAGGAGAAGUGGAAGCCGAAGCAUCUUCACCCAAAGGCAAAUUCUCCCUAUUUAAAAGUAAGAAGCCACGACACCGCUCCAACUCCUUCAGCGACGAGAGGGAGUUCUCAGCGCCUUCCACGCCAACUGGGACUUUGGAGUUUGCAGGUGGAGAGGCUAAAGGCAAGCAUGGAAAGCUGAAGUUUGGUACCUUUGGUGGCUUGGGAUCAAAGAGCAAAGGUCAUUAUGAGGUUACUGGGAGUGAUGAUGAGGCAGGCAAGUUACAGGGGAGUGGCGUGUCCUUGGCCUCGAAGAAGUCCCGACUGUCUUCCUCCUCUAGCAAUGACAGUGGGACCAAGGUUGGUAUCCAGCUUCCUGAGGUAGAACUGUCAGUUUCCACAAAGAAAGAGUAGUGGGCCUUCAUGCAUGUACAUAUAUAUAUAUAUAUAAAACAUCAGCCUUGGGUGUGUUUGUAUAUAAACUCCAAAGAGAAACACCCCAAUAGCCUAAGCAAUAAUGCAAAGAUCUUGCCCCUGCCAGUGGCAAGUGCCGACAAACCAAGUGCCUGUAGGCUCCUGGGACUCUGCAGCUAGGUAAAGAGUUCUAAGUUCAUCUGGCCCACGUGCAAAGUCAACAGUAUUGCCUUAAGAUUUCAGUUUUUUUGGUUUCUGUUUUCUUUUCUUUUUCCUUUUUCUUUUUUUUUUUUUUU